AUCCAAUAUUCCCGACGCCGCCCACAACCUCUCGUUGAAGGCCUCCUCCAUGCCCUCGGGGACGAUCGGCGUCCGGCAGAGCGGGCACGUCUUCUGAUCGUGGUCCACCCAGCGGUCCAAGCAGCUCCGGUGGAAUAUGUGCCGACAGUUCGCCAGCCGCCGGAUCUCGUCCUCGCCUCCGAACUCGUACAGGCACACCGCGCAGCUCUCCGCCGCCCCCUCCGCCAAAUCCGAGAACCUCACCACCGGGAGCGCCUCGCGGAUGAGCGCCGCCGUCACCGAUCGGAUAUCCGACCCGGAUUCGUCCAGUGCGGGGUACGCCGGCACCGAUUCAAGCUCCAAGUCGGCGUCCCCGAGCCCGAGGAACGAGAGGACGGCGGACGCGAAUUUACGAACGAAUUCCAGAAACGUCAGCAGGUGGACGAACAAUUUGGGGAGAAACACGUCGGUGUAACCCACCGGAAAACCCAUUUUCCGAUCGGGGAUGGAAACGGAGCGGAUGAAGGUAGCGUUGGUGGAGAAAAGUUGAAUGACGAAAUUGGGCCUGGGAUUAAGUGUAAUGACAGUAGUGAGGCGCGCUGUGAAUCAGCCAGUCGCGUUUGUGCC